AUGCCGGUCCACGGUCGUCCGAAGACGCAAUCGAAAAUCACCGCGAGGAGCCAACCGAUGGUGAUCCCGGUUCGAAUGAAUGUGCCACCGAAUGAUCCCAAUUUGGGAGACAUAAAGCUAUCCGACGUUAAUGCGCUUCGUGCUGAACGAGUGAGCUCGGACGAUAUUCAACUCACUUUAACUUCGAAGGAAACCGAAGAUGCUAAAGAGUUAUGUGAUCAAUUUUUUGAUUGGAUCCUCAACUUGGAUAAUCUGGAGCAGUUGCAAACGAUCAAUUUUCAAGAGAGCACGCCCGUUUACCCGUCCACGGAGGCAGAAGUAAAGCUGUUUGAUGUUGGAAAAACGACAACUUGGCUGGACCACUUUUUGAAUGGGAAAACGCUGGAAGACAUUGAGGUGAUAGCGCAUGUCGACAUGAAGAUCGUGCUACUUGGGCUUGUGGAAGCAAUUUGGAAAGAAGAAAAUCGUCGCAAUGUAUCUAUUGAGCCUUUACUCCAAUUGGCCGAAGUAGAUUGUUCAAUAGCCAAACAUGUUUACAACUUCGUUACACUUGGAGGCAGAAAUGAUGAAAAGACUCCGUUUUGCUUAUUCUAUAAACUGUUCGUGUCUCCUUUGACAGCAGCCGUUGCCUUACUCCUAGCGCGUGCCGAAUUGUCAGCAUGGCAUCUAAAAGUUGACUGGGAAAACGUUAGACUUUUCGAAUAUUCGGCUGCUGAGUACAAAGAAGCUUUGGAAUCACUUGACAGGGACUUAGCCGUUCAUUUUUCAACAAACCCGACUCUUGAUCCAUCUUGUAUCGAUGCGCGACUAGAAGAAAUAGCUGCCAUGGGGAGAGAGUUUGAGGCGUUAACGAAAGUCACCGAGCCCGAGUACGAGUCCUGGGUUAAAGAAUCCGCAGCGAUGCUGGAAGAUAUCACAAAUAUGCGUGCCGAGUUGGGGCAAGUCGCUACAAGACACGCUCGAAUUGCCGAAGAAACUUGGCCAGAUAAUCUAUCACGCAGUCCACCGAGAACGCAAGAAGAGAACAACAAGAUGAGCGAGGAGAUUAUCGAUUUGGCUCGCCAAGCCGAACAAAUUCACAUUCCAAAGCCUGCAAUCACACUCAAAAUCGGCGAGCUCGCGAACUUUAACCCUGGUGUAACAGUUUUGGCGCGACGUGAGCCCAAGGAUUCGAUGCCAUUUGAGAAAGCUAAUGUCGUCGCUGUUCGGACGUUUGGAUCUACCUACAUUCUCGAAUUCAUCUCCGACAGGGUUAAAAAAGAAGUCGGCAUUGAAGAUAUGGCCUAUUUUCAACUGAAGACCACUGAUGAUUUUGUGGAGGGAAUGCGUGUUUGUGCGAAGAUAAGACAUCCCAAUCCACCAAAACAACAAUAUCCUGGUGAUGGAUAUUUCUCUGGAACAAUCUCGAAUAGGCCGUCAAGUGUGCACAACUACGAAUAUUUGCCAGUGGAACGGGGAAUAAUUGACAAACGAAAAGCUGGCAGCUUAGUCCGAAACAGCAACAAAAAGCGGGAAUUUCUCAAUCUCUACUUCAACGCUUAUCCAGAUUGGGGUCUUGUCCGUCUGCGCAAGAGUGAUGCUCAACAAAACACUAGAAUUGCUGUUAGAAACAGGGAUGGUGCUCAAUGGUCAGCAAUUGUGAUGGAUAUUGAUCGUCACAUGUGUUUAUUGAGAUUUCCCCCACUUGGAAAAAGCGUUGGAAGCGGCGCUACUUGUGUGGUGCGUAAUUGCACGAGUCAUUACCAUCUCGACGAAAGGCUUUAUAGAGGAUCUGAUAGAUUCCAUCAAGUGGAGCAAGGCUUGAAACAACUUGAACUCGGUCAAACUGCGGUGUCAAAUCUAACCAGUGGCCGCUCUCGGCAUCAACGAUCAAUGCUCGAAAGUGCUGUGCCGCUGUAUACUCUUGAAGAUCGACCCCGGGGCAACGAUGCAAGAAAGACAAGACAUCCGAAUACCGUGCGCAAAACUUCAGCGCCCACAGGGAUGGUUCCAGCCGUUCAAAAAUCACACCAAUUCGCUUCGGAAUAUACGGCAGAACAACUUGCUGAGCGAAAACGCAAUAUGAACAAGUUUGAUGUGGUAACUUUGACAAACGAAUUAUCGACGGUAGCCUCUCAUGAGGGUAGCUAUCAUAUGACUUGCUCCAGUGCUUGUCUCAAAAACCUCAACAAAGAUUCAUCGAAUUUUAAAGGCGUCAGUCCGUUCCAUAUUCCUCUUCUGUGUGGGUGGCAGCGCUUGGUCUACAAGGCUGCUCAACCAACAGUCGGUGGUCGCCGUGGACGGCGGCCGCUUGUUCUUUAUCGUGGACCUUGUGGGUGCCCCUUGUCAUCUUUGAAUGAAGUUGCAGACUACUUAAAUAUAACCAUGUGCGAACUAACCAUUGAUCUUUUUGCAUUUGAGCCCAAUCUGCGAACCAAUGUAAUUAUCAAAGUAGAAGCUCGAGACCAAGUGCUUGCCGAUUUUACUCAAGGACUCGAAGCCAUGCCAAUCACAGUAGUAAACUCUGUUGAUUCAGGACCUCUCCCUGAUAUUCAAUAUAGCGCUAAACGUUUUCCGGAAAAUGAUGAAGUAGAUCUUUCGAGCGCUAGGAAAGAGUUUUGCACCGGGUGUUCUUGCACGGAUGAUUGCCGAGAUGCUUCGAAAUGUGAGUGCCAAAUUCUUACGAAAACCAACGUGGAGCGAAUGGCUAGAGAUUUUCGGCCUUCCGAAAAAUGCAGAGGCUAUGACUUUCGGCGUGCCAACGAGCGUGUUCCCUCUGGAAUUUACGAAUGCAACGAUGCCUGCAGUUGUUGGAGAAAAAGAUGUUUCAAUCGUGUCGCUCAACAACAAAUCAAAGUACCGCUUCAGCUUUUCAAGACAGCUCAAUGUGGAUGGGGCGUUCGUACGCUAGUAGAUUUACCUAAUGGAUAUUUUGUUUCAAAUUAUAAUGGCGCUCUCUUAACCGAUCAUUUGGCUGACAAAUUGAAAGAUCGUGGAGAUGAAUACUUUGCGGAGCUCGAUCUAGUCGAUGUGAUAGAAAACCAAAAACGAGAUGGAGGAAUCGACUUAUUGGAGGAUAAAGGAAUGGCGGAUUUAGAAGACGACAGCGAAUCUUCUGAUGGUGCUGAAGGGAAUUCAGAUUCUGAUGGUUACUGCUCCGAUAAUAGUUCUGAUAAAAACAAGAGAAAGAAGCAGAGAAUCGACGGAUUACAAACGACUGCAUCGCAACAACAACCAAAAGGCUUUGGUGAUACUUGGGAUAUGGAGGAAUAUUUUGGGGAAAAAUACUUAUUUGUUGUUGAUGCGAAGAAACGUGGAAAUAUUGGGCGUUUUUUCAAUCAUUGCUGCGAUCCAAAUCUGAGGGUUCAACAUGUGUUCAUAGAUACACAUGACAUUCGGCUUCCGUGGAUCGCAUUUUUUACUCGGCGAUUCAUCAAAGCCGGCGAGGAAUUACGUUGGGAUUAUGGGUACCAGUUUGACGAAACGACACAACCAGUGAAAAUUGUCUGCCACUGUGGAGCAAAGGAUUGCCGCCGCCGACUACUU